AUGGAAGGGGCGCUCACCGCCAGGGACAAGGUCGGAGUGCAGGACUUCGUGCUGUUGGACGCCUACACCAGCGAAUCCGCCUUCCUGGAGAAUCUUCGCAAGCGUUUCAGAGAGAACCUCAUCUAUACGUACAUCGGGACGCUGCUUGUGUCUGUAAAUCCGUACCAGGAGCUGGGAAUCUACACUGCCAGCCAGAUGGAACUUUACCAAGGGGUCAACUUCUUUGAGCUGCCACCACAUGUCUACGCCAUCGCGGACAACGCCUACCGCAUGAUGUGCUCCGAGCUCAACAACCACUUCAUCCUCAUUUCUGGGGAGAGUGGGGCUGGGAAGACAGAGGCCUCCAAGAAGAUCCUACAGUACUUCGCGGUGACCUGUCCGAUGACAGAGUCACUCCAAAUAGCCCGCGACAGGCUGCUGUUCUCCAUCCCAGUCCUGGAGGCUUUUGGAAACGCCAAGACCCUCCGUAAUGACAACUCCAGCAGAUUUGGGAAGUACAUGGACAUACAGUUUGACUUCCAGGGUGUUCCUGUAGGCGGCCAUAUCAUCAGUUACUUGAUCGAAAAAUCCCGAGUCGUCUAUCAGAACCACGGCGAGCGGAAUUUCCACAUCUUCUACCAGCUGCUAGCGGGUGGCGAAGCGGAGCGCCUGGCUUCCCUGGGACUCGAGCGAGACCCCCAGCUAUACAAAUACCUCUCACAGGGUCAUUGUGCCAGAGAGUCACCCAUCAGCGACAAGGAUGACUGGGAGACCGUGUGCGGAGCCUUCUCUGUCAUUGGUUUUACUGAAGCUGACCUUGAGAACCUCUUUGGGAUCAUCGCUAGCGUCCUACACCUGGGUAAUGUCUGCUUCAAGGGAGACAGGCAAGGCUGUGCCAGCAUCCCGGACAUCCAUGAAAUCAAGUGGAUCGCCAAGCUCCUGGGAGUCUGUCCUGCUGCUCUCCUGGAAGCUCUCACCCACAGGAAGAUUGAAGCCAAAACAGAGGAGGUGAUAUGCCCGUUGACGGUAGAGCUCUCUGUUUACGCCAGAGACGCCGUGGCUAAGGCUGUUUACGGGCGGACAUUUACCUGGCUGGUCAGUAAAAUCAAUUCUUCCUUAGUUAACAAGGAUUUCACCCAAAAGACUGUGAUUGGGUUGUUGGACAUCUAUGGCUUUGAAGUCUUUGACAAAAAUGGUUUUGAACAGUUCUGUAUCAAUUACUGCAAUGAGAAACUACAGCAGCUGCUGAUAGAGAGGACGCUAAAGGCAGAGCAGGCCGAGUAUGAAUCCGAAGGCAUCGAGUGGGAACCUGUCCAGUACUUCAACAACAAGAUCAUCUGCGAUUUGGUAGAAGAGAGACACAGAGGGAUCAUCUCUAUCCUGGAUGAAGAAUGCAUUCGCCCCGGCCCCGCAACGGACUUGAGUUUCCUGGAGAAGCUGGAGGAGAAAGUGGGCAAACACGCGCACUUCCGAACCCGGAAGCUGGCUGAUCCAAAGGGCCGGAAGAGGAUCGGCUGGCUGGAAUUCUGCCUCCUGCAUUACGCAGGAGAGGUAACCUACUGCACCAAAGGAUUCUUGGAGAAAAACAACGACCUACUCUAUAGACACCUGAAGGAGGUGCUGUGCAGCUCCAAGAACAGCAUCUUGAGGGAAUGUUUCCUGGUGGCGGAGCUUGAAAACCGGAGGCGUCCGCCCACGGUCGGGACUCAGUUUAAGAACAGCCUGAGCAGCCUGCUGGAAAUUCUCAUCUCCAAGGAGCCCUCCUACAUACGCUGCAUUAAGCCCAAUGAGAGGAAGGAGCCCAGCAAGUUUGAUGACUUCCUCAUCAGCCACCAGAUCAAGUACCUGGGGCUAAUGGAGCACCUGCGCGUGCGGCGGGCCGGCUUCGCCUACAGGCGCAAGUACGAGCAUUUCCUGCAGAGGUACAAGUCGCUGUGCCCAGACACCUGGCCACACUGGCAUGGACCCCCAGGCGAGGGUGUCGAGCGGCUGAUCAAGUACAUUGGCUACCAACCUCAGGACUACAAGUUAGGAAAAACCAAAAUAUUUAUUCGCUUCCCUAGAACCCUGUUUGCUACUGAAGAUGCCUUUGAAUUUAGUAAACAUCAAUUAGUGUCGAGGAUCCAGGCUACAUACAAAGGCUGCCUAGGAAGAAGGGAAUAUGUGAGGAAGAGACAAGCAGCCACCAAGUUAGAAGCCCACUGGCGCGGAGUCCUGGCUCGGAAGGAGAUCAAGAGGAGAAAGUGGGCGGUGCAGAUCAUUCGGAGGUUUGUCAAAGGUUUCAUCAACCGUGACAAACCCCUUUGUCCUGACAAUGAGGAGUUCGUGCUGCUUGUGAGGAAGAAUUACAUCCUGAAUCUUCGCUACCAUGUGCCCAAGAACGUGCUGGACAAGAGCUGGCUGAGGCCUCCUGGCAUUCUGGAAAACGCGUCCAAUCUGCUUAGGAGGAUGUGCACGAGGAACCUUGUUCGGAAAUACUGCCGUGGGAUCUCAGCGGAGAGAAAAGCCAUGAUGCAGCAAAAGGUGGUCACGAGUGAGAUAUUCCAGGGGAGGAAGGAAGGCUAUGCAGAGAGCUUACACCAGCCCUUUGCCAGAAGCCGGCUGGAUGAAAGCAAGAUAAAUCCCAAAGUGCUUCAACUGCUUGGCAGUGAGAAAAUCCAGUAUGGUGUCCCAGUCGUCAAGUAUGACAGGAAAGGCUUCAAGGCACGGCCGCGGCAACUCCUCCUCACGCUGAAGUCAGCCUACCUGGUAGAGCUUUCCAAAAUCAAGCAGAAGAUAGAGUACUCGGCCCUGAGAGGUGUCUCCACCAGCAGCCUGAACGAUGGAAUCCUGGUCAUUCAUGUUUCGUCGGCAGACAAACAGCAGAAGGGGGAUAUUAUCCUGCAGUGUGAACACAUAUUUGAGGUGGCCACUAAGCUCGCCAUGCUGAUUAAGAAGGAGCACGCCGUCCGUGUCGUCCAGGGAAGUUUACAGUUCUACAUCAGUCCUGGGAGAGAAGGCACGAUAGUUUUUGAGACUGGAGAGGAAGACCAAGUCUAUAAGGAUAAAAACGGACAUUUAAGAGUGGUGUCGGCAGGGAAGAAGACCUGACGGAGGAGGAGGGCCUCACCUUCCUUGGUCACUAUUUCUGCUCCAGCUGAGGCGCGCACUGACACAGCACGGUCCUGCUCAGUUAUCCACGCUAGGGGUGGGGCUGGAGCAGCAGCUCCUGGAGACAGCCGGCCGCAGCAAGGAGCCUGUGCUACGGCAAAGCCAGGUCUCAGGCAGCACUGUGUCCAAACGCUUCCUGGGAGCCAACUUAGAGUCAUCCCGUCCCUGGUAGAACCGACUUUACAGGUACACCAAGAGGUCAUUGU